AUGACGACUCGCAAAAGAAACGAAUUCCUGGAUAUCGUCUCCGACGAUGAUGAGGGCAGUGACCGCGGGUACGACUCCGAGGCCGCAGAGGAGAGCAAAGGUCGAUUCGCGAAGCGACGCAAGACACACACGCGUGCAGACGAUCUCAGCGAUGAGGAAUCAGACAUCGGCAGCUCAGAGUCAGAAGAUGACUCGAAGACCAAGCUCAAGGGCAAGCCCAAGUCCAAGUCCCAAACAACGAAACACAGCAAUGACAGCGACGACGAAGACGAAGACGAAGACGCAGACGCAGACGACGAUGGGGAGAAAAUGCCAGUAGAUCAGUACCUGGACACAACGGUCACACAGUCACCCUCGCAAUCACCAUCCACAUCCAGCGCCACCGCCAAAUCAACAAAACUGAAAAAGAAACCCCUCGAUAAAACCCGGCCGCCCAAGAAGAACAAAACAGGCGUCAUCUACCUCUCCUCUCUGCCCCCAUACCUUAAACCCUUCGCUCUGAAAUCCAUGCUCGAAACCCGCGGCUUCGCACCCAUCACCAAGGUCUUCUUGACUCCCGAGGUCCCAUCGACCUCCGCCCCUCGCCGACGAUCCAACAAGCGGAAAUCCUACGCUGACGGCUGGGUGGAAUUCGCCUCGAAGAAGACGGCGAAGAUCUGCGCGGAGACGCUGAAUGCGACCAUCGUCGGUGGGAAGAAGGGCGGGUGGUACCACGACGAUGUGUGGAACAUGAAGUAUCUGAAGGGCUUCAAGUGGGCGGAUCUAAUGGAGCAGGUACAGCGGGAGAGGUCGGAGAGGGAGGCGAAGAGGCGGAUUGAGGAUACAAGGGCCCGGAAGGAAGAUAAGGUGUUUUUGCAGGGUGUGGAGCAGGGCAAGGUUCUGCAGGGGAUCCAGAAGAAGAAUGAGGAGAAGAGAAAGAAGAAAGCCGAGAUUGAGGGUGAGGCGGCCGCUGAUGCGGCUGCGUCGGACCUCAAGAUCCGCAGGUUGUUCAAACAGAACGAGGUCAAGAUGGGACGGGAUAAGAUCAAGGAUAACUCUACGUUGGAAGAUGAUGCGAAGCGCGUGCUGAGUAAAAUCUUCUAA